CGGCCAGAGACCAGGCCAGGACGAGGAGCAAGCGCGGGACAUGGAGAAGGCACGGCCUCAAUGGGGCAAUCCGCUGCAGUUCGUGUUCGCCUGCAUCUCCUAUGCCGUGGGCCUGGGCAACGUGUGGCGCUUCCCCUACCUGUGCCAGAUGUACGGCGGAGGGAGUUUCCUGGUCCCCUACAUCAUCAUGCUCAUUGUGGAGGGGAUCCCACUCUUGUACCUGGAGCUGGCCGUGGGGCAGCGCAUGCGGCAGGGCAGCAUCGGUGCCUGGAGGACCAUCAGCCCCUACCUGAGUGGUGUCGGUGUUGCCAGUGUGGUGGUCUCCUUCUUCCUCUCCAUGUACUACAAUGUCAUCAAUGCCUGGGGCUUCUGGUACCUCUUCCACUCCUUCCAGGAUCCCCUGCCAUGGUCUGUCUGCCCGCUGAAUAGUAACCGCACAGGCUACGAUGAGGAGUGUGAGAAGGCUACGUCCACACAGUACUUCUGGUACAGGAAAACCCUCAACAUCUCACCGUCCAUCCAGGAGAGUGGAGGAGUACAGUGGGAGCCAGCGCUGUGCCUCACCCUGGCCUGGCUGAUGGUCUAUCUGUGCAUCCUGCGAGGCACCGAAUCUACCGGCAAGGUGGUCUACUUCACCGCAUCGAUGCCUUACUGUGUUCUUAUUAUCUACUUGGUCCGUGGCCUUACACUCCAUGGAGCCACCAAUGGCCUGAUGUACAUGUUCACACCUAAGAUGGAACAGCUAGCCAACCCCAAGGCCUGGAUCAAUGCAGCCACGCAGAUCUUCUUCUCACUGGGCUUGGGUUUUGGCAGCCUGAUCGCUUUUGCCAGCUACAAUGAACCCACCAACAACUGCCAGAAGCAUGCUAUCAUUGUGUCCAUCAUCAACAGCUCCACCUCCAUAUUUUCCAGCAUUGUCACCUUCUCCAUCUAUGGCUUCAAGGCCACCUUCAACUAUGAGAACUGCUUAAACAAGGUGAUUCUGCUGCUCACCAAUUCUUUUGACCUUGAAGAUGGCUUUCUGACAGCCAGCAACCUGGAGGAGGUGAAGGACUACCUGGCAUCUACUUACCCAAACAAGUACAGUGAAGUGUUCCCACACAUUCGAAACUGCAGCUUGGAAUCAGAGCUGGACACGGCUGUCCAGGGUACAGGCCUGGCCUUCAUCGUCUACACUGAGGCCAUUAAGAACAUGGAGGUGUCCCAGCUCUGGUCGGUGCUGUACUUCUUCAUGCUGUUGAUGCUGGGGAUGGGAAGCAUGCUUGGGAACACAGCUGCCCUCCUCACCCCUCUGACUGACAGCAAGCUCAUCUCCAGCUACCUGCCCAAGGAGGUCAUUUCAGGUCUGGUGUGUCUCAUCAGCUGUGCCAUUGGCAUGGUGUUCACCAUGGAGGCUGGGAACUACUGGUUUGACAUAUUCAAUGACUAUGCAGCCACGCUGUCCCUGCUGCUCAUUGUGCUGGUGGAGACCAUAGCUGUGUGCUAUGUGUAUGGGCUGAAGAGAUUUGAAGGUGACCUUCGAGUCAUGACUGGCCGCACCCUCAACUGGUACUGGAAGGUCAUGUGGGCAUUCGUGAGUCCACUGCUCAUCAUUGGCCUCUUUAUCUUCUACCUGAGCGACUACAUCCUCACGGGAACGCUGCAGUACCAAGCCUGGGAUGCUACUCAGGGGCAGCUGGUGACCAAGGAUUACCCUCCACAUGCACUAGCUGUCAUCGGUUUGCUGGUGGCUUCAUCUAUCAUGUGGAUCCCCCUGGUGGCCCUGGGGACUUUCAUCAGGAACCGCCUGGAGAGGGGAGGCUCUUCCCCUGUGGCCUAAGAAUGGACCUCCCCGAGAUCGAAGUCAGCCACUCUGUUUCACAGUUACUGACUGCUGGUGGGGACUUCUUGGCUGUAGUACUGGCCUGGGACCUCCUGAGUCUGUGAAGAAGAUUAGGGAGCUUAGCAGAAGAAGACCACCUUGGGGAGGAGACCACAUCCCUUAGGAGGGAAGACCACCAUGGGGAGGGGACCACAUCCCUUAGGAGGGACCCCCUAUCCUCUGCCACCUGAAGGUCAAACCUUGUAGCCUCUUUGUCAUCAAAAGUUAAGGCCGGUAUUGAAGAUCAUUGUUUUCUUGAUUCUAGAAAGUUCUAGAAUUUAAGGUAAACUGUCAUUAGAGACUUGACUGUAACUCUAAGGAGCCAAAGAAGCAAUUACAUUUUUUUUUUUUUGCUUAAAAGAAAACAAAAUACUGCUUUUCAACCAGUGUUAGAGGUUUUGAAGCAUGUAAGGUGACAUAUUAGAUUUAACCUAAUUCUUUUCUUUAAAGUCACAAUGACUAUGUAAUUCUCUGUUCCCGACUACUCUUUAAAUGCUGCCAGGAUACAAUGGCCACUAAGACUUUUUCUGGGAUCCCAGUGGAAGUCACCUUUCUCUGAAUCUAAGGUUCCUGCCAGUGGGCCAGGACCAACCACUCUACAACUCUAGACUGUACAAGGGAUCUAAACAGAUACUCCCAGCCCUAGGGUUUCAGUGUCAGAUGCAUCCAUAAGGAUACAAGGAACUCUAACUUUGCUAUAAACAUCAUUUGCAACCACAUUCAUUCACUUCUGCAUAAUAAUGUUUUCUAAAAUGUAUAUAAAUCACACAGAGCAGUGUGGAGCUGAAAAGACUCCGUAUUUAUGGCUGUCAUUCGUGAAUGUCUUCUUUCUUUCUUUCUUUUUUUUAUCAUAAUAAAGCAGAUUAAGGUUAUCUAGA